AUGCGAGUUCGAGCUUCAUCCUACUGUCAGAUGGAUGAUCGGAUUCCGUUCCUCACGCCACAGCUGAACAGCCACUCGCACAGCAGAUUGUCAGCGGAAACCGAGGCGACUAGCGGUAACACACUCUCCAGCUCACUCUCCACAAUCCCGAUCACAGGCCAAAAAUUUGCCACGCCACCAAAUCGAGUGCUCGUCAAAGGGCACACGGUGUCCACAUGCUCUCCGAGAUUCGGAUCAACAUCAAUCCCAGCACCACUAGACCGCCGUCAGGGCCGGAGCUGUGAAUUUCAUACGUCAGAUGAUGAUCGGCACGAUCGGUACGACAAUCCGAUUGCCCAGAUGAAUUCCGACGACUCGGAAUCGCCGUUAAAUCGCCGAAAAACUGAGCCAAAACGGGUAUUGGGCACCAAAAAUGGCUCAUUGUCUGUGACGCCGGGCGAGAAGAACGAGGGACGCGAUAGGGCGUUUUCCAUGUAUUCGGUUUCAUCGGACAUUUUACGUGUUUCUGGUUACACUCAACAAUUCCGAAGCCUCCUAACCGCUAGGUUCUCCCCGAGACGGGAAUCUACUCCGGACGUGACUGUUGAAGCUCCCGAGGAUGAGAAUAAAAACGAUGAUCGAUAUGUAAACGGUGGUGUCCGUUUUGACAAUGACGUCAUCGAGGAGGGCACCGCAUCGGGUGCAGCUUCUGGCGGCGUUGGGACUCCGAAGAAGAUCGCCGGGUUCCGGAGACGGCAGAGUGGCUAUGGAAUUGCGAUUUCCAGUGACAGCACGGCCAAAAUGCGAUGCCGCCUACGCAAGCAGCUUUUUAUCCGAAGAAAUAAGGUAUGCGACAUAUCCUUAUUCCUUGCGGUACUCGGCCUCCUAUUGGUAAUAAUCGACUCUGAACUUACGGCUCUCUCCAGCUCAACCGGUAUAACUAAGGACUCUCCCAUCUCAAUAAUCUUACGCUCGGCAUGUGUUGUAUCAACAUUCUUCCUUAUCUGCUGUCUCAUCAAUUAUCACGCAAUCGAGGUGAAAAUAGCACUGAUAGAUAGUGGAGCCGAUGAUUGGAGGGUGGCGUUCAGUACUGAUCGAUUUAUUAAAAUGUUGAUCGAAGUUUGUGUUUGCAUGAUAUGCCCGUUUCCAGAAAUCUUCUCCGACGGGCUCAUGAAAAUGCCGUACAUCAACGCGGACACCCGGCAGGUCAAAAUGCGAGAUGUCCCGAUUGACGUGCUCCUAUCAGUUCCAAUGUUCCUCAGAUCCUACCUCGUCUGUCGAUUCAUGGUUUUACACAGCAAACAGUUUCAGGACGCCGCCACCCGGUCCAUCGCAGCACUGAACCGGAUUUCCAUGGAUUUUCGAUUCGUGAUCAAGACCAUGAUGGCUGAUCAUCCAUUGAGGGUCCUGAUCGUGUUCACACUGUCAUACUGGAUGUGCAUGUCGUGGAUGUUCACCCAAUGCGAGCGAUACGACGGCCAACUGGAAGUGGAGCACUACUACCUCAACUCGAUGUGGUUCAUAAUGGUCACAUUCAUGUCUAUCGGCUACGGAGAUAUCGUCCCGAACACUUAUUGUGGACGGUGUUUAUCUAUUACUACUGGAAUUGUGGGAGCCGGUGUCUCGUCGGCUCUAAUUGCAAUUAUUUCGCGAAAAUUGGAGCUCUCACGAGCCGAGAAGCACGUGAACAAUUUUAUGGCCGACUCGAAGCUUACCAAUCAACGGAAGAAUGCCGCAGCUAGCGUGCUUCAGGAGACAUGGUUCAUCCACAAGUACAAAAAAGCUCUGCACAAGGGUGACGACUUGCGACUGCGCCACCAUCAACGCCGCUUCCUCCACUCUAUCAACGAGUUCCGUCGAAUCAAGUGGGACCAGCGAAAGCUCCAAGAAAAAGGAAAUUCUCUGCUAGACGUCGGAAAACUGCACAGCGACAUGCACGAGACCCUCUGGGAGAUGCACCGUACCCAGGACCACUUCAUCUCCCAGAUCGACGUGCUCACUCAGAAGAUCAUGGAGCUCCAAAUGACUCUGAACACCCGACCGCCGUGUUGUGCUCCACCGACUUCAUCAUCCAACGACGCGUACUUCUCUACCUCAACUCAGCUGGGCACAGUACUGCCUACAGUGAUCCCGACGAUUCCCCUGCCGCCCACGCAGUCGCCAAUGCUCCACGCGAGCCAGUCACACCGGGAGCCCCUCCAGGUCACCACCACGACUACUACGUCAUCAGAUGGUCUGCCACGUAUUAGCGUCGGAUCCACGUCAUCAACUGCCACUUCAGCAUCCUCUGGGAACGGUAGUCUCCCACAGUGUACGGUAGAUCAAUUGUCCAACUGCCCGACCGGCGGGAUCUACGCUACAGUAACCACACCGCUGAUUUCAAAUUUCGAAGAGGUUUAAACCUAUAUUUUUGUAUUUUAUCAUUAUUUUAAUUUUUUCACCUGUGAUUAAUUCUGUGUUCGCUCCCCCGUUUUGUCCCAUUUUUUUGCCAUUUUUGAUCUCCUUGUCCUACUCCGGUGUUGCCUCCUUCCGUUUGCAAUAUCAAAAUGUGAUUCGAAACUUUUUAAAAUUUUUUUGACCAACUUUGUCGUUUUUCCCCCGAUUUUUUAUAUUGAAUAAAGCUAAUAUUUUGCUUC